AUGGGCGUCUACACCUUCGUAUGCCGCAACUCCGGCGGCGAGUGGACUGCCAAGCAGCACUCCGGCGAGAUCGAGGCCUCCGCCGCCACCCCCUACGCGCUGCAGCGCGCCCUCGUCGCUGCUGCAUCCGCGGCCGACUCAGCCUCCGGCGUCCAGUCGUCCUUCUCCAUGGUCACCCCCACCUCCGCCGUCUUCCAGGUGAUCGUCGGUGCUGUCGGUGGUGGUGCAAUGAUGGUUAGCGCCGGUGGUGGUGCCGCAGCUGCAUCAGGUGGUGCUGCGGCUGAGGCUCCCAAGGAGGAGAAGAAGGAAGAGGAGAAGGAAGAGAGCGAUGACGACAUGGGAUUCUCCCCUGUUCGAUUAGAGUUGUGUCAUUUGGCUCCCAUAAGUGGUGGUGAUUUGGUCCUAUUGCGGUAG